AUGUCGGCAGAGAAGGCGUCGGCGUGCACCGGCACUGCGCCGACUGGAGAGAAGUUUGGCCCUUUCGCAGGUGAGAAAAAGCUGCCCAGUGAGCUGGAUGAAAGCUUGGACACCAGGCUUAUGUGGGAGGUCCGUGGCAGUAAAGGAGAUGUGCUGUAUAUUCUGGAUGCUAGUAACCCGCGCUACGCCAACUGGCUGCGGUUUGUCCAUCAGGCGCCUUCACAAGAGCAGAAGAACUUGGCAGCCAUACAGGAUGGAGAGAACAUCUUUUACCUGGCUGUGGAUGACAUAGAGACAGACACGGAGCUCCUGAUUGGCUACCUGGACAGUGAUAUGGAGGAGGAGGACGAGGAGGAAGAGGAGGAGGUCAUCAAAGAUGACGACGAAAACAGUAAAGAUGCCAAACAUAUUGUUGAAAUGGAGCUGGUAAUAAAGAAGGAGGACCACCCCUGCUUGCUGUGUGAGAGCAGUUUUCCCAGCGAGGAGAUCCUGGCCGCCCACCUCCAGAGUCUGCACCAGAGGCCCAGCACCGAGGAGAAGGACUUCAAAUGCAGGAACUGUGGCAAGAAGUUCCCCAUCAAACAGGCUCUGCAGCGCCAUGUUUUGCAUUGCUCUGAGACUCUGGAUCCAUCAGGUGACUCUAAAGCGCAUCAGUGCUCCCUCUGCCACAACACAUUCAGCUCUGAAUCCAGCUUUGAGCAGCAUAAGGAGGCCUGUAAAGGAGACGCCAGGUUCAUCUGUAAAGCAGAGAGCUGUGGUAAAAGAUUCAAGAGCAAGGACGCCCUGAAGAAGCAUAAAGGAAAUGUUCACACAGGGAGCGCACGUCGGAAACUCACGUGCACCAUAUGCAACAGAAAGUGCUCCUCGUCCCUGAACCUGCAAGAACACAGAAAGGUACAUGAAAUAUUCGACUGCCACUCAUGUGACAAGAAGUUCAUCUCCACAAAUCAGCUAAAACGCCACAUGAUCACACACUCAGAGAAGCGGCCGUACACCUGUGAGAUCUGCAGCCGCUCGUUCAAGCGUCUGGACCAGGUGACGGCUCAUAAGAUCAUCCACAGCGAGGACAAACCGUACAAAUGUAAGCUGUGUGGCAAGGAGUUCGCUCACCGCAACGUCUACAAGAAUCACAAGAAGACCCACUCUGAGGAGAGACCCUUCCAGUGUGAGGAGUGCAAAGCUCUGUUCCGCACCCCCUUCUCUCUGCAGCGUCACCUGCUCAUCCACAACAGUGAGAGGACAUUCAAGUGCGACCAGUGCGACGCCACCUUCAAGAGGAAGGACACGCUCAACGUGCACAUCCAGGUGGUGCAUGACGGCCACAAGAAGUACAAGUGCGACCUGUGCGAGAAGGCCUUUGUCACUCCGUCGGUUCUCAAGAGCCACAAGAAGACUCACACGGGAGAGAAAGAGAAGAUCUGCCCGUACUGCGGGCAAAAGUUCGCCAGCAACGGCACGCUAAGGGUCCACAUCCGCAGCCAUACAGGUGAGCGUCCAUACCAGUGCCCCUACUGUGACAAAGCGUUCAGCAAGAACGAUGGCCUGAAGAUGCACAUCCGCACGCACACUCGUGAGAAGCCGUAUAAAUGCAGCGAGUGCAACAAAGCCUUCAGCCAGAAAAGAGGGCUGGACGAGCACAUGAGGACCCACACAGGAGAGAAACCUUUCCAAUGUGACGUGUGCGACCUGUCAUUCAGCUUGAAGAAGAUGCUCAGCAGGCAUAAGCUCACGCACAACCCGAACCGGCCGAUGGCGGAGUGCCAGCUGUGCCACAAGAAGUUCACCAGGAACGACUACCUCAAAGUCCACAUGGAGAAUGUCCACGGGGAGACGGAGAGCUAGAACGAUAUCUGAUUCCUCAGAUAAAGCUCUCGUGCUUCAUGUAUACACGCUGUAUACACAGAUGGAUAGAUAGCAGAAACGUUGCUGUUCAAGAUACAUACAUGUAGAAUAUGGAAAACAUUUGGGCGAGUAUUUUCCAAAUUGUAGGCUGUACAUUUGUAUUUUCUUCUGUCAUACUGUUUAGAUAUUGUUCUAGAUAUCUGAAGAAAUCCCAAAUAUGUUGGCGCUGCCUGCAGAGCCGCCCUGUCUGACACCUCCCUCCCCAGUCUGCGGGACUCUAACCAGUGUUACUGUUCGUACUGUUACAGCCUGACCUCCUCCACCAACUGUCCUUACACCUUACUGUACACCUGUGGCCAGUUGCCAUGUGACCAAAGACCUUUAAGUGCACUUUUUUUUCCAGUUUUACCUGCAUGUUUACACCUUUCUUUUAGAUUCGACAGCUGUUUUUUGGCAACAUGUUUGAUAUUCAGACUCCGCUCAGCCGCGGAGCGCACGCCAAAACCAUGUUGCUCCAUUUAUUACUCCAAAAUAAGAAGUAUUAAAACAGGAUGGGCGAACGGGAGACGGAGCAGGAGACGAAAAUGCGAAACAGCUCACAUGUAGAGGUUUUUAUUUACACCACAGCCAGACAUUGUAAACAUGCUGUCCUCAGUCCUUCAUGCUCCUUUUCCGAUCCCUAUGAAUGGCCCAGAGAAAAGUGGGUUGAUUGGAACGGCGUCAUUUCAAAAUUAGCUCUAAAUUUCUAGAUUUUGCCUGUUAAAAACUUAAACAGUCAGACCGGAGCUCACCGGUCCCUUCCUGUCCAGAGGCCUUUUGGUGCUUAACGUGUUACUGUUUCUGCGUCCCGAACUGUACGAGGGACCAACAGAAAAUCCAAAGUACUGUGUGUGCCUUGACGUUUCGUGGUGAACUGUUGAGCAUGCUUUCAUGCCAGUGUCCCAGGGUUAUUGUGCCUUACAGUAUGUUUACGUUGCUCCUUGUUAACCACCGUUCAAUACAGUAUUUCAUGUAUUUCACGAGCAGUGCAGUUCUGUCCUGUUUUCCAUCCAGAGCCGUUUGCUUCCUCAUCCGAUUAACGUUUUCCUGCUGUUUGUGCUGCGUCUGCAGACUGUGAAU